AUGUUUCAAAAUCACAUGACUCCUCCUCCCUCGUCGGCAUCGGUGGUAGGAGUGCAACAUCAACCACAAGUAAUGAACGAUCCACUCAAUUCUACAUCCAUGUUGAAUAAUAAUAAUAACACCAAUAAUAAUUUACACAAUAUUCCUACAACUUCAGGGGGUAUUGUCGUACCUGUUCCUAGGCAUUCCGCUUAUCAAACUCCUCUUCAACCAACUACUCCAAAGAAUCCAGGCUCUGCAUCAUCCAAUAUAGUCUUAAAUACUCCUGUAGAGUCUUCUGCUGCUAAUACUCCUCCUUUUAAUAAUCAGGUUCAUGGGGAUGCAAUGGCUGUCGGAGAUCAACAUGGAGAACAUCAUCAUUUGCAACACAAGACCCCUAAUUUUCCAUACUUUUCAUCUUCUGCCUCUGUUCAACACGUUUUAACAACAGAUAACAAUCCACAGCAACCUCCUUACUCAAACGGAGUUCCAACAGCAACAAUUGUGCAACCACCACAAACAUCCUAUGUUGUAAAUAAUCCAGCAGUUGAACCUGUCACAACUAAUGCUCCACCUGUCUUAGAAAAAACAUCUUCACGAUCAGAGUCUCAAUUUGUGUUUUCUUGCAAGCAUUGUAGAACAAUAUUUAUUGACAGCAAUGCCCUAGUUUAUCAUAGUGACGAGAAUGAAAUUCUUAGCUUUUGCAGUAUCUACAAAGUCGAUGUUCGAGAAAACGUACAAAUUGCUCCAAGUGACAGAUUUGACGCUGGAAGUAAUUAUUACCCAUUAUUUUGUCGUCACUGCCAGUCAUGUGUUGGAAGAAAAUAUAUAAUGAGUGACAAAAGCCCAGUAGUUGACAUUUUACAUUUAUACACACUAGAUUUUGAUUGCUUAUCUGUUUAUGAGUUAUGGUCAGCAGAAUCAGAAAAGAACAUAGGAGAAGAAGGAAACGUUACUGAAGCAGCAGCACUAUUUAAAGAACUACCCACCCUAAAGUCAAUUAAUGAUGAAAUUGGAUUUAUUCACAAAACUCUUUUGAGUGAAAAAGACAAAGACGAGAAGAUUUUUUCAAGACUUGAUUCUCUUGAAGCCAACACACAAAUAAUUCCACAACUCAAACAAAAAAUAGAAGAGCUUGAAAAGACUUUGAGCAAUCUCAAAGAGGCCCAAACCAAACUCACUCACAAACAUAGACAACUUGGUCAUGAAGUUGUUCACAUUAAGAAGGAGACAAAUGUUACCCCAUUGUAUGAUUUACGACCAGCUAAUUCCCCAAAAAUUGCAAACUCUGAAGCUCUAGCAAACACAGAAAACAACAAAAAACGAACUAGUUUAGGAGGAGCAUCAACUAGUAACAAUCUUACUGAAAGUUUAUCUAAAAAGAAGAAAAACUAA